CAAGCGCCAAUGAAUUCGUAAACAUAGUAAACCGCCUCUUUGGCAGCUAAGCCAAUAGAGUUGGUGCGGCUGUAUCACGUGACCUUCUUUCGUUUUUACCAGUUGCUAAUUUGCGCUUUUAACAACCGGCUUCAUCGUCCUUUGGGCUUUCUGAAUUUCCAAGACUUUUAAAACUCGGCGAGCAUACAUGAUUUCCCAACCAAGUACAGUGUAUUGCGAGAUCCUAGUGAUGAAUGAGACGCGUGUCGUUGAAAUCGAUCCAUCAAUCCUUAACACUCGCGAGAAAAGUUACGCAUAAGUUUGAAAAUGGAAGCUGCAUGUGAGUGCAUAUAGUGUAGGGCACAAGGAUAAAAUGAUGGGCGUAUGACCAACACGAUUGUUAGUGAUACGAUUAUCAACUAGUCCAAGCAGACAAUAUGCAUGAUCAACCAGCUCAGGAAGCUUCAGACUUCAACGGAGGGAUUGAAGGUACUUUGACCUACAGGAUGCGAAAGAUUCAUGGAGAGCAAUUUUAUACUCUCGUCCGAAUGCACCUGUCCUUCGAGUUGGAUCUCAAUACAGAAGAAACUGAUACACCAACUGGAAAAGCAAAAUUAAAAAAAUGGGGAAUCCUACCCUUUUCCAAAAAAACUAAAACAGCAAUUCAGUCACAAAAAGGAACAGAGGGGUCAGUCUUGACUGAAGAAGGAAUCGAACAAGUGAAGCAAUUAGUAGAAUAUUUGUCUAAAGAAGAUAGUAUUUCACAAGAGGGAAUUUUUAGGAGAACUGGAAAAUUAACAAGGCAACAAGAAUUGAAGACAGCUUUGUGUCAAGGACACUCUCUGUCCUUGUAUGAAGGAAAAUUUAGUGUUCAUGAUUAUGCAUCGGUUUUAAAAGGAUUUUUGGCUGAUUUAUCAGAACCACUUCUGACUGAUCAACUUUAUCCAGCUCACUGCCAAAUAGCAGAGCUUUGUAGUUCUACUAGUAAUGAAUCUAAAUUAUUGAGAUCUCUUCAGUUACUAUUAUUACUGUUACCUGUACCUAAUAGAAUAGUAUUGAAAUAUAUAAUUAACUUAUUGAAUAAAACAGCUGCUCAUGAAAUUAGCAACAAAAUGAACUGUGAUACUCUUGCAACUUUGUUUACACCACAUUUGCUGUGCCCAAGAAAAUUAUCUCCAGAGGCAUUACAUAUGAACUCACAAACACUAUCUGGACUCGUUGCUUUUAUGAUCAAGAAAGGAAAUGAAUUAUUUCAAAUUCCACCAAAACUUUUUAUGGAUAUCAGGGCUUUUUGGGUUGAACAAGAAAAAAAAUUGCUCAGUCCCCAAACUCUUGAUCCAAAUGAAUCUACUUCAGAUGCUCAAAGAACAGCACAGACAGUGUUUACAUUUGUUGAUCGUAACUUAACAGCUCAAGCUAAUGCAACUGAACCAACUGCAGCAGCUUUAGCUGCACUGUAUGCACAUAUUCAAACUUUGCCUGAAUCUGCACAAAAACGUAAAUUAGUAAAACAUUUUAAUAAAGGAAAUGGCCAAGGUACUCCAAUGCAUAUCAAGCUCAAUGCGAAUUCGCAAAUGGGAUCAAGAAGUUUGGGAGAUACUAUUAAAAAACGAAUAUUUCAGAAUAAAUUUCUCAGAAAAUGUUCUGAUGUUAAAGAUGAUAGUAGUUUUGGCAGAUCAUGUAGCGAAGAACAUAUUUUGUCUAAUACUCAUGAAUCAUCAAAUUUACUUACGAAAACCAUAAGUAAAUCAGAAGAUGAAUUAAGUGGGCCAGAAAAUUAUGAAGCUAACAGUGAACCAAAUUUAUUGAAGAUCAAGCAUAUUAGCAACAGUACAGGCAGUUUGAAUACUCCAUUGCUCUCUAAACACAAGAAAAAAUCUAAAGAUGUUUUAAAAAGCUUCUUGAAUCUUAGUGCACAUUCAAGUACAUCGAGUCUUAAGGAAUCUAAAAACAGAAAUAAAACGUUACCAGAAAGAUAUUCAAGACAUCAAAGUGAACCUCCUGAAACAUAUUCAUUGCUCCCUCGAGAAGGAAUAUCGCAGCCUCAGUCUAAUCCUGAAUCUCCUACUCUAAGCGAAAGUAGUACUGAAGUUAUUAAACAAUCACCAGUGACGGCUAAUGUUUUACAACAGUCUAAUAACUUACAUUCUCCCAUGGUGAAAAGUAAACUGAGAUUCAUUCAUGCUGCACAUACUUCAACUCCAUCAAAUUUAAUUAGAAAAAAUAUGACUGUCAAUGACUAUGUUCUUAUGCCAACUACUGACGAUGAAAAAAGUAUGAGUCCAAUCACCCAAAGUACCACUAAAAUGACCAAAGCUAUGCAGGAAACAAUGAUGACUCCAAGAUCAAGAAAGCCUGUAUUUAUGGUUUCUGCUUCAAACUUAUGUGGUCUUGGUGCUUUAGAAAAUGGUUCAAUGCAAUACAAUUCAAAUGGCCUUAAAACUCCUGGUUUAGGUAUUAAAAAUCAAAAAAAUUGUGAAGUUGUUGUUGAGGAGUCCUUAGAAAUGUAUGAUUUCAAAGCAGAUAAAACAAGUCCUAUAGAAAAUAAAGAAAAUCUUUCUAAAAUCAGGACCUCUCGAGAUGUUCAAAAAUGUCAUACAAGCAUGGAAGAUCCUUAUGGGGAUGAUGUAAUUUCCAAAAUUCCUACAGUAUCUGCUUCCAAUACUUGUAAAGAAUAUUAUUUAUCAAGAAGUGUUUUGAGUGCUAGUCCUGUAGAUCUAAGUUUUACAUCAAGGACAGGUGAUUAUGAACAAUCAGGAUCUGAUUUAUUAGUAGAAGAGAUCACUAACCCUGGUUCAGAUACAUCAGGAAUAGCAUCUGGUAGUACUAACAGCGUUAAUAAUUCUGCUGAAAAAAUAGAAGAGACAGUUCCUGCAGCAAGAAAGCGCAGUACAAAUUUGCAACGUAAUGAUUCAAAAAGGUCUAUCAAAGGUGAACCAUACCUGGAAAAAUCAAAAGCUAAAACAGUUACAAAGCAAAAGCAUAAAAAUGAAACUAGACUCGAUACAGUUGAAAAUAAGGAUGCACUUUCGGAGACUUCGUUUUAAGGAUAAUUUAAUAUGUAUGUAUGUGUAUACAUAAUAUAUAUUAUGCUUAGUUGUUAAGUAAGAAGCAAUUUAAUUAGUAAAGUUUAUGUACUGAACUAAACCUGAAUUAUUGUUAACUAUUAGAUGUUUUUGUACAUUAAAUUCCUCUCUAAAUUGUUUAAUUAUAUUAAGAGCUCUCACGACUUGCUAUAAAAAGUAGCAAACUUUGCAGCAAAAUAAGUAUGCAUGACAAUUACAAGAAUCUCCAUGAUUUAUGUAAUGGAAUAGGGUAUUGUUAUGAAUAAAUUUCUUUUCGACACUAUUGCAUUUAUAUUAAUGACAUCUUCAUUUUA